AAUUGAUGAACGCCUGGCAUGACUUCUCUGAUCAUCGGUUCUGACGUUCUCUGAACUCUUGUCCACCAAAACCCAGGCUCUGAGACUGGAAUUAUUCUGUUGACUUGGCUUCCAAGUCAUUCGACCCUCGCAAUGGCGACUGUCACACAGCUCGAGCCCGCUCAUGUCUCCGAGACAUAUGAGCUUGAAAGUCGUCCCAAAAAUUCACCCAGAGAUGGGGAAGAGCCGCCCGCGCCUCAAUCGUAUUCAACCGACAUGAAAAUGGACCGAGCGACCUACUUAAAAAUCACAAGUGCUGCCUUCUCCUUCUUCGUUGCAGGUGUCAAUGAUGGUAGUUUUGGUGCCCUGGUCCCUUAUGUCAUCCGAGACUACGGAAUCAACACAGCCAUCGUCUCAUCAGUAUACGGAGCCAACUUCAUGGGAUGGCUGGGAGGAGCCUUGACGAACACCCACCUCUCCCAAAAGUUCGACCUCGGCGCAAUGCUCAUACUUGGCGCCGUGCUACAAGUGCUUGCGCAUGCUCUACGCGCAUGGAAACCUCCGUUUGGGCUAUUUGCCGUCACUUUCUGGCUGGCUAGCCUUGGUCAAGCCUACCAAGACACGCACGGGAAUACGUUUGUCGCUGGGACAAAGGGAGCGCACCGGUGGCUCGCUCUUAUCCACGCCAUGUAUAUGGCUGGGUGUCUUUGCGGCCCCUUUGUUGCGACGGCGACUGCUGCGUCAGGAGAACACUCCCGCUGGUAUCUGUUUUACUGCUUUCCCCUUGGCAUCGGCCUGGUCAAUGUGGCUCUUGUCUUCACAGCCUUCCGGGAUAGCGUUGGGUUCAAGCAAACAAAAUCUCCCAGUAUUCAUACGACUGCCAUCGACGCAGAAACUGCUGUGGGCGCGGGGCAAACCCCUUCUCCAGCAAACACGCUGAAGAAUGACACUGCUUCUGCCCUUAUCAAAGAAACCCUCAAGACCCGAAGCGUUUGGCUCCUAAGCCUCUUCUACUUCUGCUAUUUGGGUGCGGUGCUUACGGCCAGUGGAUGGGUUGUGGAAUAUCUGGUUGUCGUUCGUAAUGGGGAAUUGUCUCAGAUGGGUUAUGUUCCAGCCGGCUUCAACGGAGGUUCACUGCUCGGCAGACUGCUUCUGGCGGAACCCAUCCAUCGAUUUGGCGUCCGACCGAUUAUUUUCCUCUUUAGCAUUUUGUGCAUUGGUCUUCAGGUGUUGUUUUGGCUGGUACCUAGCAUCAUUGCAGCCUCCAUCUCCAUUAGUCUUUUGGGCUUCUUCAUGGGACCAUAUUUCGCUACGGGAAUGUCGAUUAGUUCAAAGCUAUUUUCACCUCGAAUUCAGCCAACAGCGUUGGCUUUUGUGUUCGUGUUUGCACAAAUGGGUGGUUGCUUCUUCCCCAUCAUCACCGGUCUCAUCGCGGCACGUGCGGGUGUGGCAGUUCUGCAGCCUAUUUUGUGUGGGCUCCUGACGGCAACCUCGAUCAGCUGGCUGUUUGUCCCGAAGCCAAAGGAGAGUGAAAACACGGCGCUUCAUCGCGAGUAGGGCAUGGAGUGCGCAAAUGUAGAGGGUCGCCUAAUACUGGAGUGACAUUGGGUGGCGCUGAGGGCGAUUGGGUGUAGGGUGUAGGGUGUAGGGUGACGAAGGACGCAAAUCAGAUUGCCUAAGAAUAUCAGCUGGGAGAUUGCUGAGGAGACGAUUUCUGAGGAUGGAUUCGCGAUUCUAUUUUUUGAUCAUGUAUUUCUUGUUUUGGGGGAUGUCACAUGGCUGCUCUUUUGCUGAGCCUAGUUGUUGGCGAUACGCUCUCGUAUGAAUCUUGUUUUGAU